AUGGAUCAAACCAGCGACAACGAAGUGCGGCGCAAAAGCGCUCGAUAUGAUGAGGAAAGACAGAAAAGAUGGCGUUCAGAUGGCCCUUUCCAGUACACCAGUUACGGGGACAGCAGUUCAGACAACGAAGCCAUUUCCGAAGAUCUUGGACGUCUGAAAGGUCUCAUGGAGAAGAUUCGCGUGCUCAUAGUCGGUGCAGGAUUUGGUGGGUUACUGUUUGCCGUCAGACUGCUUGAGUCAGGGUUCGUCCUGGAAAAUGAGAUCAUGUUUGUGGACGCAGCCGGAGGGUUCGGGGGAACGUGGUGGUGGAAUCGAUACCCCGGACUUGCUUGCGACGUCGAAAGCUACAUUUACAUGCCUCUAUUGGAAGAGACAAAUUACAUGCCAUCCCAGAAGUACGCAUCCGGACAAGAGUUGAAAGAACAUGCCCAUCACAUCGCUGAGCAUUGGAAACUGAGUGAUAGGGGACUAUUCAACGCGACGGUGGACAAGCUGGUUUGGAAUGACCAAGAUGGCGAAUGGACAUCGAGAAUUAGACAAGACGGUCAGCCGGCACAACACAUCGUCUCCGAUUUUGUCAUUCUAGCCACUGGGUUGUUGGACGCCCCCAAGAUUCCGAAGUUGAAUGGCUUGGAUCAAUAUGAGGGAAAGGUCUUCCACACAUCGCGCUGGGACUACGACUACACCGGAGGCACUCCGGAAAACCCAGCGUUGAGUCAACUGGAAGAUAAGACUGUUGGAUUCGUUGGCACUGGUGCAUCUGCCAUUCAAGCAAUCCCUCAUCUCGCCAAAUCAGCCAAGAAGCUCAUUGUAUUCCAGCGGACCUCCUCCGCUGUGGACUUACGCAACAACUGUGUACCCGAUUUGGCGUUGCGCCAAUGGAUUAAACAGACAGGUACGGGGUGGCAAAAGCGCCGACGAGAGAACUUCAACGCAUUCGUGUCGAACGAAAAUCCUCUUCCCGAAGCCAACCUUGUUGCAGAUAAAUGGACCACGAUGCCAUCAUUCAGCAUGCUGAUCGGGGGUCCUCAGGCCCACGAAUCCGAUUACGGAGAACGAAUGUCCAAGACAGACCUGCAUCGCCAAGAUUCGCUCCGCCGCCGCAUCACCGACACAGUGGUUGACCCAGAAACCGCAUCCAACCUGCAGCCCUGGUACCACGGCUGGUGCAAGCGUCCCUGCUUCAGUGACACGUUUUUGGAGACAUUCAAUCAACCAAACGUCAUCCUAGUCGACACAAAUGGGAAAGGAGUCAAGGAUGUCACCGCCAAAGGCAUUCGGAUUGACGAAAAAGAGUUUGAAUUGGAUGCGAUAAUUUUUGGAACCGGCUACAUUCUUGGCGGAGGUGCGGACCGAGGGAGCAUUCCAAUCAUCGGACGCGGAAGUCAAACCUUCCAGCAGAAGUGCCAGAGUGGUCUGGCAACUUUACACGGAGUGUGUACAAAUGGAUUCCCUAAUCUAUUCAUGCCAGGUCCCUAUCAGGCAGGUGCAUCCGUCAACCAGGUCUAUGUGUUGGAUGAACUUGCCAUCCAUGUGGCGCAUAUCAUCUCGCAAGCAAGCAAUGCCAAUGUACAGAAAUCCGACAAAACAUCUUCUAGGUUUUCCGUCGAGCCCAGCGUUGAAGCCGAAAAUGAGUGGACGUGGAAGGUUUUGUCGCGAGCAGGAGCACUCAAGGGGAUCCUCAAUUGCACCCCAGGCUAUUGGAAUCGGGAGGGGCUUCAGUUGAGUGGAGAUCAAGCCAUCCUCGCAGCUCGGUUUAGCAUUUGGGGAGAGGGUAUCAAAAGCUUUGUUACCCAGAUUGAGGACUGGCGGAACAACGGCCAACUGGAUGGGCUUGAGAUUGUCUCUCGCUAG